CUAAUUUCUUGAACCCCUCCAUUUCCAUAAUCUCUUUCCUUUAACUGUACAUAUUCUCUUCUUUGCCCCACUCCUGAAGGGAGCUGAGCUGAGCUACUACUUAUAUAUUUGUGCAAUCUUUUAAUCUUGGGGGUCUCCAAGAUUUGAUUUUUAAGAGACCUCUUCUUUCCUAAAGCUUAAAUUUUCAAUUCUUGAUAUCAAUCUCCAGCACCCAUUUGCUUCGUCUAUAGAAUAGCAGAAAAAAAUAGGAGCAAAACCCCAGAUUUUUCUGGGAAAAAAUUGGCUAUCUUGGAAUAUAUAGGGGUUUUAGAGCAAAGGGUAUUCUAUGGAUUCUCAAAUUCUUGUUGCUCUUGGUCUUUCUAUGUUGGGUGGCUUAAGUACCUCUCUAGGUGCACUUUUUGUGGUUAUUAGCCAGACUCCUAACUUGAAGAUGCUAGGACUUUUACAGGGGUUUGCUGCUGGUCUUAUGCUCAGCAUAUCAUUCUUUGACUUGGCUCAUAAUGCUAUAAACUCCAUUGGCUUUUUGAAGGGAAACCUCUGGUUUUUUGCAGGUGUUAUCUUCUUUGCUCUUGUUUCACAUUUUAUCCCAGAACCUACACUUGCACCCAUUUCAAGUGCCAAAGGCAAAAAGAAAGACGGAGAUGAAAGGAGUAAGGAUAUGAUGAAGAAGCAUCGCCGCCAAGUUUUAUUUAGUGGAAUCAUCACAGCAGUAGGUAUAAGCUUGCAUAACUUUCCUGAAGGGAUGGCCGUGUUCCUUGGAUCAAUGAAGGGACUUCGGGUUGGUCUAAACUUGGCUCUUGCUAUUGCUUUACACAACAUACCAGAGGGUGUUGCUGUUGCACUUCCAGUUUAUUUUGCAACACAGAGCAAAUGGCAGGCAUUCAAAUUGGCAACACUUUCAGGUCUUGCGGAGCCCCUGGGCGUAAUUAUUGUGGGGUAUCUAUUCCCAAGCAGCUUGAAUCCUGAAAUUCUGGAGGGCCUCCUCGGAGCAGUGGGUGGGGUGAUGGCAUUUCUAACCUUACAUGAGAUGCUUCCAUUGGCAUUUGACUAUGCCGGUCAGAAGCGAGCUGUCAAAGCUGUGUUCUUUGGUAUGGCUUUCAUGUCUGCGAGCCUGUAUUUCCUUGCGAGGUGCUUGCCAGAGGACAUGAGUUUGUAACUCCCAGUUGUUCGGUGUUUCAUGAAUCGCGUUGCUGAACUUUAACGGGAUCUUUUCGUGGUGCCUAGCUUCAAAACUACCACAUGCACUCUUAACAAAUUUAUGAGGCGUGGCGUUUGGUUUGGCGAGCUGAAUGCAUGAGAAGGUAUAGCAGCUUCUGAGAUUGUUUUAUAGAAAAAUAGGAGAUGUACACAUCUGAAAUCCUCACCCAGAAUCUCAUAAAUAUGAACUAGAGGUACAUGGGUAAAAAAAUUGGGAAAGAAAGAAAAAAGAGGCAGACAAUUGAACUGUUGAAGAGUGACUUGUCAAAAAAGAGAAAAAUAAUGUUGAAUAGUGAUGUAAAUUGGUAUUACUCUUGCUAUUGCUAUUGCUUUCUUCCAUUUAUUUUUCCCCGGUCCUUACAUUGUUGA